AUGAUGAAGCGAUCUACCAUGGAGAUGUACGGACACCUCGAAUUUGAUGUCUUUGCGAAUCCCGUUGUGUAUGGUGAUAAUUCAACCGUGCGAUAUGAUGGCUACGCUUCUUUUCAGGAAGGUGACGUGAUGCAUACAAUCAUGAUGGUGGACGGGAUCGCCUACAUCGUCACAUCAGCCGCCAACGGGACAGAGACUGCAGAAUGUUCAUCAUCACCCUCACUUGCGUUGCUUGAUUAUUUCAUUCCGGCUUUAAACAAAGCAACUGUCAUCUCUGAUGCAAAUGCUGACGAUACGAAGCUAACGUGCUCAAGCGGCGAUAUGCUCGAAGUCAUGCUGGAGGACGCCUCAUUCGUGCUUUGCAGAGUCGGCUCAAAAGGCAUCUUUGUGUACGGAUGUGACCUAAACAUCCGUGUCAAGUAUCUGAAAAAUCCAGUUCCAAUCAAAGCGCCGAUAUUGAGUAAAGAUGCAGCACGUUUGUGCCAGACAAUUAUAUCGCCUUCUCCCGUAAAGGCAACUGCGCUAGCAUUGCUCACUGGUCGCUCAUAA